GGUUUUGUUGUUGUUUUAUUCCGCAACACGUGCGCGCUGUUUUUUCGUUUAAGAUUUUAUUUUAAACUAAUAUAUAAAUUAAAUAUUACUAAUCAUGUCGAUACGGGAGAAGCUGCUGAUGAAGAAAAUAGUGAAGCGUGAGAAAAUGAAGAAGGAGCUCUCACAAAAGAAAGGCAAAGGUCAAGCCCAACAAGUUGCUCCUGCACCGGGCAAAAAGAAUUCAAAGAAGCCACCAAAGCAACCAAAGGGUCCUGUGCCUCCCCAAGAAGAAGAUGAUGAUGUUGAUUUAGAUGAAGAGUUCCAAGAGGCACCUCAAAUCAAAAAGAAGCAACAAAAAACACAGAAAAAGAAGCCUCAAAUUCAGGUGGCCAAUUCGGAUUCAGAAUCCGAUGACGACGAUGAUGAUGAUGAUGAUGACGACGAUGAGGAGAUAGACAGUGAUGCUGCGGAUUUCGAUGAAGAAGAGGAUGAGGAUGAACCAGUGCCGGCCAAGAAAUCCAAACAACCCACGACGAAUGGUAAAAAGAACGACAACAAUGAUGAUACACCAUUUACUGUAGAAUCCUCUUUGUCUGCCUUGGAUCAACGUGAUUCCGACGAUCGUUCGUUCAGCUCACUCAAGGGCUGCGUUUCGGAGGCCACUCUGCAGGGAAUCCAAGAGAUGGGCUUUACUGAAAUGACGGAAAUCCAAUCGAAAUCCAUUACACCAUUGCUCAAGGGACGCGAUCUUGUGGGUGCCGCUCAAACGGGUUCGGGCAAAACGUUAGCAUUUCUUAUUCCUGCCGUUGAACUGAUCAACAAGUUACGCUUCAUGCCACGAAAUGGCACUGGUGUCAUUAUUAUCUCACCAACACGUGAAUUGUCCAUGCAAACCUUCGGUGUCCUGAAAGAAUUGAUGGCCCAUCAUCAUCAUACCUAUGGUUUGGUCAUGGGUGGUUCCAAUCGUCAGGUGGAAAGCGAAAAGCUCGGCAAAGGCAUUAAUAUUUUGGUAGCAACUCCUGGUCGUCUAUUGGAUCAUUUGCAGAACUCACCAGACUUUCUAUAUAAGAAUUUGCAAUGUCUGAUCAUUGAUGAGGUAGAUCGGAUAUUGGAGAUUGGUUUCGAGGAGGAAUUAAAGCAGAUUAUAAAUCUUUUGCCAACACGUCGCCAGACCAUGCUCUUUUCGGCAACGCAAACGGCUCGAAUCGACGCCCUUUCCAAGCUGGCUCUUAAAAAGGAACCCAUCUAUGUGGGUGUCCAUGAUAAUGAAGCAAAUGCCACGGUCGAGGGUCUAGAGCAGGGCUAUAUCGUUUGUCCUUCUGAGAAGCGAUUACUUGUUCUCUUCACUUUCCUUAAAAAGAAUCGUAAGAAGAAGGUCAUGGUAUUCUUCUCCUCCUGCAUGUCUGUGAAAUACCAUCAUGAACUAUUUAACUAUAUUGAUCUGCCUGUGACCUCCAUACAUGGCAAGCAAAAGCAAACGAAGCGAACAACAACAUUCUUUCAGUUCUGCAAUGCCGAAUCUGGGAUUCUACUCUGCACAGAUGUGGCAGCUCGUGGCUUGGAUAUACCACAGGUCGAUUGGAUUGUGCAAUAUGAUCCACCAGAUGAUCCACGCGAGUACAUACAUCGAGUGGGUCGUACUGCUCGUGGUUCAGGGCAAUCGGGUCAUGCCUUGUUGCUAAUGCGGCCCGAAGAAUUGGGCUUCUUGCGUUACCUUAAGGCAGCCAAAGUGCCGCUCAAUGAAUUUGAGUUCUCGUGGCAAAAGAUUGUUGAUAUCCAGCUACAGCUGGAAAAGUUAAUAGCCAAAAACUAUUUCCUCAAUCAGUCGGCCAAGGAGGCAUUCAAAUCAUAUGUGCGAGCCUAUGAUUCGCAUCAGCUGAAACAAAUAUUCAAUGUAAACACUUUGGACCUGCAGGCGGUGGCUAAAAGCUUUGGCUUCUUGGUGCCUCCAGUGGUUGAUCUCAAAGUGGGCGCUGCUAAACGCCAACGACCCGAGAAACGUAUGGGUGGAGGUGGAUUUGGUUAUUACAAGCAAAUGAAUGAUACAAACAAACAGCGACACUUUAAGCAGGUCAAUCGGGAACAGGCCAAGAAGUAUACGCGUUAAGCAAGCGUAGAAAGAACCGAAGUGAAAUGACCUUAGUACCGUUAAAAUUGUUUAAAUUUUGGAUAUAAGCUAAAGCAAAUACCUAUAAACAUUUAUACAUAUUAAAUACAAAACAACAAAAAAAGAAUCAAAAAAUGAAUGUGUCCAUUUCACAAAUUCACAUAACCAUUUCGCGCAACUCAUCCCACUCGCUUUUGAUGCGGAUGUGGCUUCUCCUUAUUUGUAUGUUGUUUGUUUCAAAUGUUUAUUGACGCGCUGCCUCUUUUUGCAAAAACGUAUUAAGCGAGUUUUGCCAAAUUUGGCAAUUUUUUUUAUAUAUACCUACAAAUACAUACAUAUAUAAAUAUAGAUAUCUGUACACGCUUAGAGCGGACCUCCGUUGUGA